AUGCAGUUCACACUCCUGACCUUUGUCACUCUCUUCGCCGCUGCUCUUGCGGCACCUCUCAAGGGAGAGGACGACUCCGUUGCCAAGCGCCAAGGUGGCGGCCAGCCCACCACCUCGCAGGCGGCCAUGACCGCCCAGGACGGAAGCGUUGUUGCCUUCAACACAGCUAAUGUCUACCUCGACUCUGUCGCCAAGGGCCUGUAA